AGGCCUGGUUUCCAGCUGGGCCAAGUUGCACACGCCACGUUCUCCUUUCCGUGGGCUUUGCAGAGCCAGGUCCUCGCUCGAGUCUGUGACUCAACCUGGCCUGGGCGCCUGGGACAUGAGGAGGUGGGGCAGGCAGGGUGUGAUAUAAGUGUCGGUGAUCUGUCAGCUCCACACUGUGUCCUCAGCGGUGUGUGCUGAGCGCGGCCGCUGGUGGCCUCCUCGGUGGUAGAGAUGAUGAUGGUGGUCUUCCUGGCCCUCCUGGGGGCCUCCUGCCUGCUCUUCCUGGGCGUUGGGCUGUGGAUGACCUGCAGAACCUUCUUCACCGUGGACAUCCCCGUGGGCAUCAGUCACCCCAAGAAGCUGUGGCUCUUGUACUUCCUGUUCCAGAUGCUGGUGGCAUUGGGGAUGAUUCUUGAGAAACUGAGGAUCUGUUCGAUGCCCCAGUUCAUCCACUUCAUGCACGACCUGUCCCCGUACAGCAAGGAUCCAGAUGUGGUGGUCACCGACCUCCGCUACGGGAGCGUCCCGGUGAAGCUGUACCAGCCCAGGAGGGCCGCCAGCAGCCUCCGGCCCGGCAUCGUGCUCAUACACGGCGGCGGGGUGGUCCUCGGGAGCUUCAAAAUGUACCACAAAAUAUGCUGUUGUUUGAGCAAGGAGAGCGACUCGGUGGUUUUAAUGAUCGGAUACCGCCUGGCGCCCAAGCACAGGUUCCCGUCGGCCAUGAACGACUGCCUAGUGGCCACCGCCCACUUCCUGAAGUCCCUAGAUAUGUAUGGGGUGGAUCCAGCCCGGGUCGUGCUCUGCGGUGACAGCGGGGGAGGGGGAGCGGCCGUGACAAUUUGUCAAAAAUUCAUGGCUCGGCCAGAUCUGCCCAAGAUCCGGGCUCAGAUUCUGGUCUAUGCCACUCUCCAAGUCGUGGAUUACCAACUGCCUUCCUUCCAGCAGAACAAGAAUGUCCCGAUGCUCUCUCUGGACUUUGCCAUACACUGUAUGCAUUAUUACCUGGACAUAAGCCUCCAGUGGAAGAGCGCCAUCCUAAAGGGCGCCCAUAUGCCUGCCCAAGUCUGGGAAAAGUACGGAAGGUGGUUGAGCCUGGAAAACAUACCAGAAAGGUUUAAGCAGAGGAGCUACCCCCCGGUGACCCGUGCGCCCUUGAAUGAGGAUGCUUACAUGGAGACAGACAUCCUUCUGGAUUUGCUGAACUCGCCCCUGCUUGCAGAAGACCAAGUUGUGUCUCAGCUUCCGGAAGCCUGCAUCGUGAGCUGCGAGUAUGACCUUCUCCGGGACAAUUCUCUGCUGUACAAGAAGAGACUGGAGGACCUGGGCGUCCCGGUGACCUGGCACCACAUGGAGGAUGGUUUCCAUGGGGCGCUGAACACCUUCGGCAUGGGAUUCUUUCAAUUCCCCUGCGCCACGAGGAUUCUGAGGGUCAUGGUCCAGUUUGUGAAGGGGCUGUGAGAGUGUAGGUCCCGCCAUCAUCCAGUUCCUUAUGGGUCUCUCUUGCUGAUGAAGGAGAUGCUGAGUGGGGCCAGGGAAACUAUUGAGAUUGCCAUCUUCUUCUUUAAAAA